GCUUUUUUUAGUUCAAUUAUGGAUGCUAUGAUUGUUUGCAAAUCCGUCUACUCGCCACCUGGCUUAUUUGUGGGGCGAGCUGUAGGAAUACGGAGCUCACAAUGUAGCUUUAUGGUGGGUAGCCCGGUUAGUUUUCCUAGGCAGAGAGCUCAAGCUGUUCAUGUGAGCCGGAAGUCAAAGAAACGUGGGGGAGCACUAAGUGCUACAUGUCGAGAUGAUAAGAUUCUUGUAGCCAAUAGAGGAGAAAUUGCAGUCCGUGUGAUUCGAACCGCUCAUGAAAUGGGGAUACCUUGUGUUGCAGUCUACUCAACCAUAGAUAGGGAUGCACUUCAUGUGAAACUUGCAGAUGAAGCAGUUUGCAUUGGUGAAGCACCAAGUAAUCAAUCAUAUUUGGUGAUCCCAAAUGUUCUUGCUGCUGCAAUUAGCCGUGGAUGUACAAUGUUGCAUCCUGGAUAUGGCUUCCUAUCUGAGAAUGCAGUUUUUGUUGAAAUGUGCCGAGAGCAUGGAAUUAACUUUAUCGGGCCUAAUCCUGAGAGCAUUCGGGUUAUGGGGGACAAAUCUACUGCCAGAGAGACAAUGAAGAAAGCUGGUGUUCCAACUGUACCAGGAAGUGAUGGAUUGUUACAGAGUACAGAUGAAGGUAUCAAGCUCGCCAAUGAGAUUGGUUUUCCUGUGAUGAUCAAGGCAACUGCUGGUGGUGGAGGACGUGGAAUGCGUCUUGCUAAAGAACCUGAUGAGUUUGUAAAGUUGUUGCAGCAAGCAAAGACCGAGGCUGGUGCUGCGUUUGGAAAUGAUGGAGUUUAUUUGGAAAAAUAUGUUCAAAAUCCUAGGCACAUCGAGUUCCAGGUUCUUGCCGAUAUGUUCGGUAAUGUUGUUCACUUUGGAGAGCGUGAUUGCAGCAUCCAGCGAAGGAACCAAAAGUUGCUUGAAGAAGCUCCUUCCCCUGCAUUGACACCAGAAUUACGGAAAGCCAUGGGUGAUGCAGCAGUUGCAGCAGCAGCAUCCAUAGGUUACAUUGGUGUGGGAACCAUAGAAUUCCUUCUGGACGAGAGGGGUUCCUUCUACUUCAUGGAAAUGAACACUCGGAUUCAGGUGGAACAUCCCAUCACUGAGAUGAUUUCUUCUACUGAUUUGAUUGAAGAACAAAUCCGUGUGGCUAGAGGAGAGAAACUCCGGUACAAACAGGAAGAUAUUGUUCUGAGAGGACAUUCAAUUGAAUGCCGUAUUAAUGCUGAAGAUGCUUUCAAAGGAUUCCGACCAGGACCUGGGAGAGUAACAGCUUACUUGCCAUCUGGAGGCCCAUUUGUGAGAAUGGAUAGCCAUCUUUAUCCUGAUUAUGUGGUUCCCCCAAGCUAUGAUUCCCUACUUGGAAAGCUUAUUGUUUGGGCGCCAACACGAGAAAGAGCAAUUGAGCGCAUGAAAAGGGCUCUUGAUGACACUGUAAUUACAGGGGUUCCUACAACAAUUGAUUACCACAAACUCAUCCUUGAUGUUGAGGACUUCAGAAAUGGCAAGGUUGAUACUGCAUUCAUUCCAAAGCAUGAAAAAGAGUUAGCUGCGCCCCAGAAGAUGGUGCUAUCGACUCCUACCAAAGAACUGGCUAACACAACUGCUUAGGUGGAUCUCGUUUGAUCCAGACAUAGUUUCCAAUAUGAGAUGUGUCAAUUUAUUGAGUUAAUUUAUCUUAACAUAUUUUUUUUGCUUUGAAUGUAUGAAAAUUUUUAGGAACACAGACAUAUAUCCUUUCUUUCUGUAGGAAAUGGAUGGAGAAUCUUUUAGGAUUGAGAAGCAUUUUUUGAAGAGGAUUCUUGAAUUAAUGGAACUUGAAACCUAAUUUACUGC